AUGAAUGAAGUAAAAUGUAUUUGGAAUUGCGUGAAAAACCUUGGAACAAGUAAACAAAAUUAUUUUUCUUUAGAUAAAGGAACAUGCAAUACAUUAAGGAUCCACAGCACUACUUCAUCCAGGGAAAAUAUAUUAAAAAAUAAAGAAAUAAAUCGAAACAAGAAACAGCAAAUAUGGAUGAAAAAGAUCAACGUGAAGGAAUUACCACGUAAAAAGUUUGGAAAUAAAUUAGGAACAGUAGCAAAAAGCUUAUAUUUGAAAUAUGUUAAUGAAAAUUGUGAAGAAAACAGUGUUUAUUACAAGAACAAAUAUGAUGUAGAUUAUGGGGAAUACAAUAAUUGUACUAUUUUACGAGAUGGGAGAAAUAGUCAAGCAUAUGAGGAAAAUGGUACACAAAGGGGUUGUAAUGACAAGGAUAAAAAUAGGAGCAAGGAUAAUGUCAGUAAGAACUAUUCACAUGUGAAUACCCCUUUGCUUAAUGAGAAGGAACAAUAUUAUAAGCAAAAAGGACAUACAACUUUUCGAUUCAAUAGUAAUAUAAAUGAAGUGACUUCAACCCUGAGUAAUGAAAACGUAUGCAAAGAAAAUUGCACGAAUGAACCUCACUAUGACAAACCUCUGUGGAUUGAUAUAUGUAAUGAACUGAAAUAUCAUUUACCAUUUCUUCAACCGUAUAGCAUAUCUAUGGCUUUGAAUUACUUAUCUAAAAUGAAUUAUGACGAAUACAACAUUUUUAAAUUAAUCGCAGAGAAUGUAGAUGAGAGAUGGAUAAAAAAUUUUAAUAUAAAAGAUCUCUCCCAAUUACUCAUGUCUUAUUCAAGACUUAAUUCAAAAUAUGAUUCCUUCGUAAAUUUAAUAAGUAGGGAAUUAUUAUAUAAAAUAUGUUUCGCAAAUUUUGAGGAGAUAUCUCUAAUAGCUUAUUCAUAUACAAAAAUGAAAAUAUACGAUUAUGAAGUUUUUCUACAUUUAUGCAAUGAGACAAAACAUAAAAUGAAAAAGGGGUUAACGCAAAAUUUAACAAAUUAUAAUGAUACUACUUAUAAUGGGUUAAGUAAUAUUAUCCCUGUGUGUUAUAACAAACGCAAUGACGUGGUCAGAAAUUGGAAUGAAGGAGAAAUUAAUCCCCCAAAUGAUUUAUCCUACUCGUUAAAGGAAAGAAAAGGAAAGGAAAGUUUUCAGGUACCUAAAAUGCAAGAUAUAAUUUAUGUAAAAAAAACUAGCCAAGAUAAGAUACUCCCAAAAAGAGCACAUCAUGGUAUAAAAGAACCCCCCUUCGAAGUGGACAAUGGUUAUAACAAAAGGGAACCGAAUCAAAUAUUAGAUUCUGCCACGAUACAUACACAAAUAAUUAGAGGGGAAACUGAAAAUAUUGAUAAUGAAAUUGAACAAAGAAAGAAAUAUUCUCACAUUUGCCUCUUAGUAUACUGCCUUGGAAAAAUUAAACAUCGUGAUGAUGAUUUGUUUGGAAUGGUUUCGGAAUAUAUAAAUGUAGAGAAGAUUAAUAAUAUAGACAUAAGCAAUUUGUCUUACACAUUUUCUGUAUUCAAUUUUUAUAAAAGCCGAUAUUAUGAAAAAUUUUGUAGGAGAAGUCUCCAAAUUGUUAACUUUGCGCAAGCAUCACAAAAAGUAGUUAUUAUGACAUAUCUUUUAAAACACCCGAGGGAUGAGAUGCUAAGUGUAUAUUUUUCCUAUGUAAAAAAUAUAAGAAUAGAAAUGGAACAAAAGGAAAUUCACAAAGAACCACUACUUCUUAACAUGUGUAUAAACAGUUUUUCGAGUGAUGUAUUUUUAGAUUUCAUACUUAAUAUUAUAACUUCACAAGAAAAGAAUCAAGAAAAAGAAGAAAAAAUAAAUCAAGCCUAUUUUAUAUUAAAUGUUUUGAUUGAUUACGCAAGUUUUUUUAUGAAAAAUAAGAAACUUUGUUCGCGUGAUUUUCCAAAGAUUUUGAAUAUUUUAUUAAAAAUUCAAGGUGCUAUCAAUGAAUACAAAGGCACCAUUUUGUCAUAUGUUCAUUCUCACUACAAGGAAGGGAAUGAUCAAAAGGUUAAUCUAUUAAUAGAAGACCUUUUAGAUUUAAUAGUUAGACAAAUGCAUACAUUUCAUACGUUUGACUUGGCAAACAUUAAGAAUAUUUUUUUGGGUGUAAAAUGUGAAUGGCAAGGUGUUCAAUCUAGAAAAAAGGCAGAAGAAAUUUUUAAUUUUGUUAAUAAGUGA